CCGGGGAAAGUUGUUUCCUGAAGUUGACAUGGGACUAAUAGAUUCGUCCCUAACCCCGUGUUUGUACAAAUGACAUUAGCGGGUGGCGAGGGCGUUCGUUAGCCUCUUCCCCCGUCGCCAGAGCGCCUGAAGCCGGUCGGUUCUGAUGGAGCCGGCCGCCGACUCCGUCUCCUCCACGGACCACGACUCGGAGGUACGCCUCCAGGAGCAGCUGGCCGAGUGCCGGGCCCAGGCCGAGCACUGGCAGGGCGUGGCCACCAUCUGUGAACUGAGCAAACAGGAGGAACUCGCGGAACUCCAAAAGCAAUGCGACCAAGAAAUCCAGUCUCUGCAAGAGGCUCUUCAAGAGACGGCCUCUCAGUAUGAAGCCAGGAUCGCCUGCCUGCAGUCGGAGCCUGCAGACUGGAGGAGAGGCAGCGGGCAGACCCAGAGUGGGCGGAGACACAGGUCCAAUGUGGGCGGGUCCAGGAGGGAGUCUCUGGAGGCGGGCGCCGAGGGCAGGGCGCUGACGGACAGCCCCAACAGCCUAUCGGCAGACCAGGACGGGGAAGGGGCGGGCCUUGGUGCAGAAGGCUACUUCUCCCAGCACUGCGACACGGCCUCCAUGUCCUCCUUCUCCCUGGACACGCCCUCUCUGGCCAGGAGACCGCCCCCUCAGGAAGACACCGCCUCCCUGGUUUCCACGGGAACUCUGGUGCCCGAGGCCAUCUACCUGCCGCCCGCCGGCCACCGAUUGGUCACACACAGCGACUGGGACGCGCUCAACACUCAGGUCUCUGAGCUGAGGGGGAAGCUGAGGAGGCUGGAGCAGGAGAAGGAGGAGCUGGAGGCGGAGCUGGACACACAGACCAACCACACGCACAAACAGGUGACGUUGCUCCAGUGUCAGGUCCACACGUCAGAGACCCUCCUCCAAGACCUCCAGAAAUCUGUCAGCCAAUCACAGAACGCUGUGCAGAGCCGCUUGGCGGAGCUGUCCUUAUCCCAGAGGCGCGUGUGUGGAGAGCUGUCCAGGCUGAAGGGGGAGGAGGUGGAGGACGAGGAACCAACAGCCACACCUUUCCCCGGGACUCAACAGGGGGCGCACUCGGAGGAGCGGCUCCGCAUCGAGAUCGUGAACCUGAAGGAGCAGCUGGACACGCGCACCGAGGAGAGCGAGCUGUUAGAAGUGCAGUUCUCCUCCCUGAAGACGGAGACUGAGCGCGUGCGGGCCCAGAGGGACCAGAGCCAGGCUGAGCUGUCGGCGGGCCGCACCGAGCUGGACGCCCUGCGGGUGGCGCUGUCCCACCUGCAGAGCACCAACAAGGCGCUGGUCCAGGAGAAGGCCGCCCUGCAGCAGCAGAGUCUGGAGUCUCGUGGUCAGGUGAUCAGCCUCCACGCCCAGCUGGACACCAGCCAGGCCGUCCAGAUGGACUUCGUCCAGCUGUCCCAGACGCUGCAGGUGAAGCUGGAGCUGAUCCGUCAGGCCGUGACCCUGGACCAGGCCCGGGAGAUCCUGGGGGAGGGCCCCCUCCCCGCGGACCCCCCCCCCACCACCGGGUCCACGUGA